GCCCCGUAAAGAUGGCUGGUUUGUCGUCGUCACGGCAGCGGAGCGACCCGGUGCUCUGUCGAGUUUGACGUGGCACUCCGAUUUUCUCAGAGAAGAAGAGGAUCUCUCUCUGCCCCGCUGUUCAGCUUGGUAUGAGCAGACAGUGACAGCCGUCCCAUCAGAAUGAGCCAACAGGGUUACGUAGCUGCGCCCCCAUACUCCCAGGCCCAGCCGGGAAUAGGGGGGUACCAAGGUGGAUUUGGAGCUCCCCCUGCCCAGCCCCUCUAUGGACAUUAUGGAGGACCACCUCAGGGAUUUAAUGCUCCACCAGCAGGUGUGAUGAAGUCACCACCUACAUCGCCUGCAGGAAUGCCACCGUCUCCUGUAUCCAGUCAGUACAAUCCAAGUGUGCAGCAGAACGGUGCUCAUCCCCAAAGGUAUGCCUCUCCAUCAGCUGCCUCUCCUCCCUAUGGUCAGCCUUCACACUCUGUGUACAACAAUAUGGCAUCGCCUGCCCCUCCAACGCAGCAGCUUGCUAAUCAGAUGAGUGCUAUGAACCUGGGCAGCUAUGCUCCAGGUGCCAUGCAGAGCCAACCCCUUCCUCCAACAAGCUCUGUUGCCCAGCAACAUUUCCAGACACCAGCUCCAGCAAUGGGUCAGCCACAGAUGCAUCCAGCCCCACAGGCACCACACAUGGCCUCUCAGAAUCAGAUGUCUCCGCCACAGUCACCCCUUACAAAUAUGCUGGCAUCAGGACAACCAAUGGGAGGACAGUCGAUGGCUGGGCCGCCAAUGGGAGGACAGUCGAUGGCUGGGCCGCCAAUGGGAGGACAGUCGAUGGCUGGGCCGCCAAUGGGAGGACAGUCGAUGACUGGGCCGCCAAUGGCAGGCAUGAACAUGCCUUUUCCUGGACCUCCACCUUCAGGCCAAGGAGCUUUCCAGCAACAUGGUACAGGACCCGCUGCUCCUUCAGGUUACCCACAGCAAUCAGUUGCAGGUCAGUUUGGGGGACUCAUGUCUGGACCCCAGCCAGGCAUGUCAGGGGGCUUUCCUGGAACUUCAGGAGGACUUGCUGGUCCCCCUCAAAAGAAACUGGAUCCUGAUUCUAUACCGAGCACAACCCAGGUUAUUGAGGAUGACAAAGCGAGGCUGGGAGGACAUGUCUUUAGCACAAACAUGAGAGGACAGGUCCCACCUCUUGUCACCACUGACUUCACAGUUCAGGAUCAAGGGAACGCAAGUCCAAGAUUUAUACGCUGCACGACUUACUCACUGCCCUGCACCGCUGAGCUGGCCAAACAGUGCCAAGUGCCUCUCGCUUCCGUCAUUAAACCAUUUGCAAAGUUGCCAAAAAAUGAGACUCCUCUGUAUGUUGUGAACCAUGGUGAGACGGGCCCAAUACGCUGCAAUCGAUGUAAGGCCUACAUGUGCCCCUACAUGCAGUUCAUCGACGGCGGUCGUCGCUAUCAGUGUAGUUUCUGCAACUGUGUCAGUGAAGUGCCAGUCUUCUACUUUCAACACCUGGACCACAUGGGCCGUAGGGUGGACUUUUAUGAGAGGCCUGAGCUUUCCCAGGGAUCCUAUGAGUUUGUUGCCACACUUGAUUAUUGCAAGAACAAUAAGCCUCCCAAUCCUCCUGCCUAUAUCUUCAUGAUUGAUGUGUCCUACACCAAUAUCAAAAGCGGACUGGUCAAACUGGUAUGCGAUGAGCUCAAGAGUCUGCUGGAGAAGCUGCCCAGGGAGGAUGGAGCAGAGGCCUCAGCAAUAAAAGUGGGCUUUGUUACUUAUAACAAGGUGCUUCACUUCUACAACGUGAAGAGCGCUCUGGCCCAGCCGCAGAUGAUGGUGGUGUCAGACAUAGCCGAAAUGUUCGUCCCGCUGCUCGAUGGCUUUCUCGUGAAUUACCAGGACUCCAGGGCUGUCAUCUACAACCUCUUGGAUCAGAUCCCGGACAUGUUUGCAGACACCAAUGAGAGUGAGACGGUCUUCGCUCCCGUCAUCCAGGCUGGAGUGGAGGCGUUUAAGGCAGCAGAAUGCAGCGGGAAGCUCUUCAUCUUCCACUCGUCCAUGCCCACCGCUGAGGCUCCAGGGAAACUGAAGAACAGAGACGACAAAAAGCUGGUCAACACCGACAAGGAGAAAACCCUUUUCCAGCCUCAGAAAGGAGUGUAUGAGCAGCUGUCUAAAGACUGCGUGGCACAAGGAUGCUGCGUUGACCUCUUCCUCUUCCCCAGCCAGUACCUUGAUUUGGCCUCCAUGGCCGAUGUGCCUUCACACACCGGAGGCUCCGUCUACAAGUACAAUAACUUCCAGGUGGCGACCGAUGGGGAGCACUUCCUCAGAGACCUGAGGAAGGAUUUGCAGAAGAGCCUGGGAUUCGAUGCCGUAAUGAGAGUCCGCACCAGUACAGGCUUCAGGGCCACAGACUUCUUCGGGGCCAUUUACAUGAACAACACCACAGACGUGGAGAUGGCAGCUGUGGACUGCGACAAGGCUGUGACCGUGGAGUUCAAGCACGAUGACACUCUCAGCGAGGAGUCGGGGGCUUUUAUGCAGUGUGCUUUGCUGUACACCACCAUCAGCGGCCAGCGACGCCUCCGCAUCCACAACCUGAGCCUGAACUGCACCUCACAGCUGUCUGAGUUGUACAAGUGCUGCGAGACGGACUCGCUCAUCAACUUUUUCGCCAAAUCAGCUUACCGUGCCAUACUGAACCAGCCUGUGAAGAACGUGAGGGACAUCCUGGUCAACCAGACGGCCCACAUGCUGGCCUGCUACAGGAAGAACUGCGCCAGUCCAUCAGCUGCAAGCCAGCUGAUCCUGCCUGAUUCCAUGAAAGUGUUCCCAGUCUACAUGAACAGCCUGAUGAAAACUGCUCCACUAGUGGGCAGCACUGAGCUUUCCACAGACGACAGGGCCCACCAGCGGCUGUCCGUCAUGGCUAUGGGGGUGGAGGACAGCCAGCUGCAGCUCUACCCACGCCUCAUCCCGCUGCACAACGUGGACGUUAGCAGAGAGGCGGUGCCCGAUCCGGUCCGCUGCUCUGAGGAACGCCUCUCAGACUCCGGCCUGUUUCUGCUGGAGAACGGGCACUCCAUCUUUCUGUGGCUGGGCCAAGCGAGCCCGCCGGAUCUGAUCCAGAGCCUCUUCAACGCGCCCUCACUCGCCCAUUUGCAGCAAGAACACAUGUUCACGCUGCCAGAGCUGGACAACCCGCUGUCAAAGAAGGUCCGAACCAUCAUCAGUGAGCUGCUGGAGAAAAGGCCAAACUCUAUGAAGCUGCAGAUCGUGAGGCAGAGAGACAAACUGGAGAUGUUGUUCCGUCAGUUCCUGGUGGAGGACAAAGGCCUGCACGGCGGCGCCUCCUACAUGGACUUCCUGUGCUACGUUCACCGGGAAAUCAGGCAGCUGCUCACCUAAGCUGACACACCUGGCCUCAGAACAUUUCAGAUGAUCCAUAACAAAUUUCUAAGAGAUAUGAAUGAUAACGUGACUGCAGACAGCCUUCAUGAAGCCCAGAGCCCAAAGCUGCCUCUGGGAUGGUUUGAUGUGCAAAUAACAUCUUUUCAUUAAGAACUUGCAGUAAAUGAGGAUCUAAAAUCAACUUUGGCCUCAGCAAUACAUAAUCCAGUCUAAUUUCAUUACUUUGUAAAUUAUUUUCUGGAAAAGACAAAGGGUUAUUUGUGUAGACAUUCUGUGUUAAUCUUCCAAGAAGAAGUAUUUAAGUUGUUAUUUUUCAAACAAUAAAUACUCAAUGUUUAAAUGGCUUUUAGAUGUUUAUCAUGUUUACUUUAUCAUCUAACUGGAAAGUGCUUUACAAUAACCAGAUGAAAAACUCAAAAAUGUAAGAAGGAUGACGGCAAAAAAAAAAAAAAGCUUCUGGCUGCAGGAGCUGAAAUUCUGUCCUGCUUUUACGCCAGGAGUGACUCAAAGUGUUCGAUUCUCACGUGCUUCCUCUGAAAGUCGCAUUCUUUGUCCAUUUAUGGCUGAGCUUCCAUGCGACCUGCAGCGAUGCAGAAAGAGCUUUGUUUUGCUGUUCUGAGCUCACGACGAAGCGAACGCAGCUGUUGCUCGGCAGCAAACAAGGGCAGGAGGAGAAAAGACAUUUCUUCUCUCCUCUUCCCUCAAGUCCUUGAGCUGCUGCUGCUGAAAGGGAAAACAUCUAGUGAGACAAAAGACUGGAUGGCUGGAAGACAUCAAAAAGAUUUUUAAUUUGAUCCUGUCAUGAGUUGCACAUUUUUAUAGAAAGUUAAUUUAAAACCAAAUUAAAAACAGUCAAACUUAUCCAAUAAAUGCAAAAUCAAAUGUAGCCAAAGUGUCAGCCUACCUUCAGUGUAUAGAUCCAUUAAAUCUAUGUAGAAAGAGCUUUCAGUACUGUAUCAUCUCACUGUAUUGCAUUUCAUGCUAUUCCAGAUAUUAUCCUGCCCUGUGUUGAUGCAGCCAGUAUAUUUGUUCUUUUUUUUUGUAUUUACACAAAAUUACCAAAUGCCUUAAGUUGAUUUUUAAUAUUUCUGCCAGAGAGGUAAAUGACCAACAGUUGUGUCACAUUAGUUUGUAUGCAAACUUAUCUCAGGUGAUUUCUGUCCAUUACCAUUUCAAGUUGAAAGCAGUGAUUUGGUUUGAGCUGGAAUGAUGGAGUGACUCAACGGUCGUUGACGCUCGUUCUGUUUCCUGACUGUAAACAACUUUUUGUUUUUGGUAAUUAAACUUUUGACUGAAACA